AUGUCUAUUGCGGCAUUUGCGAUGCGGCUACUCCGCUACACCGUUGGUGUCGGCAUAUUCGCACAAUCAAGAGCAACAUAUUGUACAGGAGUACAAUCUAUCAGAAAUCCUGGCGAUCAUCACUUCUUCUUACCGACCAGCACCCUUGGUCACACAUGCUGGAGAGCUUCUCCAACCCACACGACCACCAUAGGAACCAGAAAGGACACAGCAAUGGAGAAGUUCUUCAAGCUCUUGAGCGCUCCAGGCGCCAGGCAUGCAGUUGAAUGCGCGGCGCCGACGCAAGUGUUGCCGAAUAUAGAUCGGAAGGAACGAGACCAGGAUGUCGAUGUCUCCGCCAAGAAUGUCAGCACCUAUACGAUCCAAGCUAAGGCCAGACUCUUGGAUCGUUGGCUGGACAAGGUUGUGGAAUUCUCGGGUUCACAGUUCGUUUUUUUCACCAUUCUCAUCGCUCUGCUGGUCUGGGCAUUCUUGGGGAUUCGAUUUGGCCAGUCGAAUGACUGGCAAGUCACUAUCUCCGAUGCUCAGGCUGUCAUCAAUAUGGUCUUCGAUGCGUUCCUCAUGCGCCAGCAAUUAAAUGCACACGACUCAAUAAUCUUCUCCUUAGCUUGCAUGAGGUCUCGCAUUGGCAGUAACAAGAGAAUGCUGAGUAAGCUCAUGGAGACUGGGAGAUAUGAGAAAGCCCAACCCGCACAAUUCCACGACCUACAACAGACAGAGUUUGCAUCCGAUCUACCGGCCGAGAAUCUGCUAGGUCGAAUUUCCACUGCAGUCUCCAGCUUCCUAGGUCAUAUCGCUACAGUUUUCGCUUUCUGGGUGGGCAUCUUCAUCUGGAUUGGGUUCGGCAAGUACUGCGGCUGGUCCAAUACAUGGCAAUUGUAUAUCAACUCAGCCACUUCCGCCUUGAUGGUUUUCGUCCUCGGCUUCCUGGCAAAUAUCCGUGAACGACACAGCAACUACAUGGAAAAAUGCCUGCAACAUAUCUACAAGGUUGAUGCUGCACUCGAGCUUAGGCUACGAACUAUCACCGGCGACACUAUUGAAAACGGGCUUAUCACUAUCCAAGCUCCCAGAAGGGGCAGGAUUCAACGCGGAAUCGACUACUACGCAGAUCUCGUUGGAACUUUGCUUGGCAUCGCAAUCCUGAUCAUCGUCAUCAUCAUAUGGGUGGCACUUGGACCGGUUAUGUCCUUCGAUUCAAACUGGUGGCUCCUCAUCGGCACGUACGCUGGGCUGAUUGGCCUAAACGAUGGGUUCGUUCUACGCAAUGUUCAAAACGUACUCGGAGGCUACCAACAAAUUGAGUUUACCCAGCUAAUAUACGACGACAUGGAUAUGAUUUCCGUGAUUGGUGUGACGGAGCUCAAUGAAGAUCGUGUUGUGGACAGGUCGCUCACUUACCGAGUCUCAAUUGCGAUGGGCAAUUUCUGUUCUCAUGAAAUAACGGUCAUUUUGGGGGCAGUCGCAAUCAUUGGCCUGAUCAUUGGUGCUAGUGCUAUGCGCUGGAGUGUGACGGGACAGCUGCUCUGCAAUGUCCCUCCUAGCAUCAUCGAGUCCUUCUUUAUGAUGAUCCUGAUCACUGGACACAAUAUCGCCGAUGCUAACAUGCGUGUCGAUCUCCACAAUGUCUAUUUGCGGAGACUGAAACUUAUCUCUUAUGUCGAUGGGCUUGUAAAGCCUGAGAAGCAGUAG